AUGGAUUGGAAGGCGCAAGCUCGUCGCACAUUCAUCAUCACCGGCCUUCGCUUCAAAACCGAACGAAUAGACGGGCCACUCCGAGCGCAUAUCGAAAGAUUUGGAGACGUUGUGCUGGAAUAUAUCCGGCCACCGGAUUUUACCAACGUCCCGUCGACGAGCCGAGGGUAUUUCACGGAAAUUGAGGAGCCGUUCGAUCCGGAAGCCGAAACAUAUUUUCAAACCGGCUAUGCUGUGGCCGUGUUCGCCUCCGAAGAGGCCGCCAAUCUAUUCGCUGCCUACCCCCAGGGCAAUGCUUUGACGGAGAUCGGCGUUCAUUUGGAUGCACAGCGCUUAUCCGAUUUAAGCAAGGGUGAUUCGACUGAUAACGUUCACUCGACGCGCAUCAUGUUUACGGUUUCCGGAGAUGCGCGAACCGAGAACAUCACCGAGGAGACGAUUUGUGCUGCGUUGGAAAGAUAUGGCGAAAUUGUGAAAAUCGAGCUGCCCUCGACAAAGCCUGGCAAGCCUAAAAGAUGGUUUGUGGAGUUUGUGAAGGCGGCUUCGGUAGAUACCGUCAUGCUGGUCGAUGUAUAUAUCGCGGGCCAGCCGGUACGCAUACGACGAGCACUACGUGAAGAAGAUUUGAAGAAGGAGGCACAGAAGAUCAAGGAGGCCGAGCAUCGUAGAGAAUGGUCCAGGCAAAGGCGGGAGAUGCCAACUAACGAUCCCCGAGAAAUGCGUCGGCGUAACAAUGAUCUUGCCACCACAUCACGCCUGGUCGCCGGAGGGGAUUUGUGGGCGAAUUACGGCUACGGAACCGAGGAGCAAUACCAGCAGCAGCAGAAGUAUUCGGAUUCAUCGGCUGCAAACCCUACAAACUUUGGAUAUGGUUAUAUG